AUGUUCGAUCUGUUCGGUUUUCUAAGAGAACUAAUAGGCAGGAUGUUGGCGAUAUUUUCCUUCGGCAAAAAGAAGCUCUCCAACUCGCUGAGCGUGUACGUGAAGACGAACACCGGCAGCACGCUGUCCGUCGAUCUGCAACCGCACAUGGACAUUAAGGACGUGAAGGAAAUGGUAGCACCACGGCUAGGACUGGAACCGCAGGAGCUAAAGAUCAUUUUUGCCGGCCGUGAACUAUCCGAUACGACAACGAUCAGUGAAUGUGACCUAGGACAGCAGUCAAUAAUACAUGUGGUAAAAAGUAGACCCAUCCCAUCGGUGGGACAGAAAAAACAAUUGAAAUCAACGCUAAAUGGAACCAUUUCGGAGGAACCUUCACCCGAGGAGCAGCCGACUAAGCCACUGUCGGAGACGAUGUCCGAGCUGACUGUGCUGGACGAACGGAACGGUCCGACCGCCACCACAGUACGGAGUAAGGCACACUUUUUCGUGUACUGUUCCCAGUGUGAGAAGGUCUGCAGUGGAAAGUUGCGGGUGCGGUGCGGUAUUUGUGGUAGCGGUGCAUUCACCGUUCACCGGGACCCUACCUGUUGGGACGAUGUGCUGAAAAGAAAGCGCAUUACGGGACAUUGCGAAAAUUUUGAGAUUCCUUGUGUGGAAAACGAUGAAGGUGAGCCACCGUAUACGGAGUUUUACUUCAAAUGUGCCGAACAUUCGUCGGGCGGGGAGAAGGAUUUCGCAGCCCCACUAAGCCUCAUCAAAACGAACCACAAAAGCAUCCCUUGCAUCGCGUGCACUGAUGUGAGUGAAACAAUUCUGGUCUUCCCAUGCUUGGCUGGACACGUGUCCUGUCUGGAUUGCUUUCGUCAGUACUGUGUAACACGCUUGCUUGAACGACAGUUCGUGGAGCAUCCAGCCGGCGGCUACACGUUGCGAUGUCCGGCUGGAUGCGAAAAUUCCUUCAUCGAGGACGUCCACCACUUUAAGCUGCUAAACAAAGAGCAGUACGAGCGAUAUCAACGGUUCGCUACAGAAGAAUUUGUGUUGAAGAAUGGUGGCGUGCUCUGUCCACAACCGGGCUGUGGGAUGGGGCUGCUGAUAGAUGAAGAAUGUCGUCGCAUUCAGUGCCAGAAUGGUUGUGGUUACGUUUUCUGUCGCAGCUGUCUGCAAGGCUACCACAUUGGCGAGUGUUUCGAAACGCCAACACCUUCAACGCCCGGUAAUGAGCAAGGAUACGCGAUUGAUCCACAGCGCGCCUCGGAAGCACGGUGGGACGAGGCAACGAAGAUUGCGAUCAAGGUAACCACGAAACCUUGCCCUCAGUGUCGCACCGCAACAGAGCGCGAUGGUGGUUGUAUGCACAUGGUUUGCACACGAUCGGGCUGCGGGUUUGAAUGGUGUUGGGUUUGCCAAACACCAUGGACGCGCGAUUGUAUGGCCGCGCAUUGGUUUGGAUAG